AAUGGGCUUCCAUAAAAGCCUUUAUAAUUGCACAUAGCUUGUCUUUAAUAUUGCCAACACGUGUACAGUAGAUGCUACAUGUUGGGUCAUUUCAGCCUGAGGGGGUAAUUAUUUGGACAGUUUGUACAACAACACGAGUGAUGAGAUCAGAUUUACUGCAGAGUUCUGUUAACAUCAUGAAUCCACCUGACCUGCUGGCAGCAGACUGGGCUUUGAUCUGGAUUCAGUCACCUGACACACCACGGCUCGGCUCCACCUCAGCGGGUGUGUGAAGAGGAUCCAGCCCCAUCACUUCAAGGUUAUCUCCUGCAGGAAGCUCCAGUUUUUGGGUCCUAUGGGAACUCUGAUAACCGCGCUGUUCCUCUGGGCUGCAGCCGGAGUGGGAAGCCGGCCAGUAACCUCACCCCUUAAUGAUGCAAAGGUUGAAUGCAUUAUUCAGGAGACCCUGAAUGAAGAUGGGUCACACCACAUGUGUGGAUCACGGCUAGCAGAGGAACUUGAUGAAGUGCAGAGACAUCAGGGUCUUCUCAGAGAGCUGCAGAGUUUGGCUGAUGAUGAGAGAGAGAAGGAGCGGAGAGAUGAGUACAGACUGGCUGAUGAUGAGAGCGACUUUGAGGAGAGGGAUGACCAGGAGGAGGAGGAGGAGGAGAGUGACGCUGGAAGAAAGACAGAGGAGGAUGAAACCAAGACGAAGAUGACAAAGGAGCCACAAGCUGAAGGUACGGAUGAUGAUGAGGAGAGAGAAAAGGAGCUUGAGGAUCUGCUCGGAGAAGGGCCCACUAAGAACGGUGAAGAAGAAGAUGAAGAAGAAGGAGGGUCCAACAAGGAGCUGGAUGAGCUGAAACUGAAGCAACAGAAGACUGAGGAGGAGAACCCUAAAGGAGCGGAGCUAAAGAAGAACGUGGAGGACAAGAAGGUGACGCAGGACAAAGAAGACACAGAGGAUUUGGAGGAGCAGAGGAGGAAGAAUGAGGUGGAGCUGAUGGUGGAGAAGGAGAAGGUGGAGAAGGAGCUGAAGGAGCUGCUCAGUGAGCAGGACAACAGGAGCCAGCCAGAGAAGGAGAAGGAGAGGAAGGAGAAGCAGGAGGAGCUGGACGAGCUCGUCAGAAAGAUGAAAAGGGUGCAGGAGGAGGAGCGGGAGGUGCAGGCUGGCAAGAAAGAAGACAACACGACUGAAGAGAAGGAGGGACAGGAGGAGAAAACAACAGAUGACAAAAAGGAGAACAAAGUUAAGAAGAGGAGCGACGUGUCGGAGGUGAAGGAGCCGCAGCAGAAGAGAGUGAUGGAGAAAGCCAGCGAUGAGGCCACACGGCAGUUUGAACGUGAGAGGUACAAGGAUGAGGAGGAGGAGGAGGACAGGGAGGGAGAGGAAGAUGAGGACGAAUAUAUUAGGGAAGAUGAGGAGGAUGAAGACAAAGAGGAUGAAGGAGACACUGAAGAAGAUGGAGAGGAGCUCUUGGAGAUUGAAGCGGAGUUGCGUAAAGUUGCCGCAGAGCUGAGGGAGCUUCGCCGAGGAUGAAAGUUACGCACAAUCCCCCAAACAGA